AUGAGAAAAUGUCUAUCGGUACUGUGUAUUUUUUCAGCUCACCUGCUCACAAAGCAGCCGAAUGGACGAGUUCUAGUUGUGAUAAAUCCGUUCAGUGGACAGAAGAAAGCUGAGAAUUUAUGGAUAAAACAUGGGUCCUAUGUGCUAAAAGCAGCUGGAAUCUGUGCCGAUAUUGUCCAUACUGGUACUUGCGCAUCCCGCCUGGAAGACAAUCAGAUUGAAAAUAAAUAUGGAUUUGCAGAAUAUCCUCAACAUGCCACUAAGAUUAUGCGAGAACUCGAUAUCGACCGCUAUGAUGCCGUUUUAGUCAAUAGUGGAGAUGGUCUCGUCACAGAGGUAAGGGAAUGGGGAAAAAAUUUCCAGAGUUAUCCAGAGAUUAUGGAAACUUUACAUGAUAAACCAGUAAUUUUUCAGGUUAUCUGUGGUCUGUUAUUACGAAAAGAUCGCGAAAGAGCAUUGAAGUUUCCUAUCUGCCAUAUUCCUGGAGGAACAAGCAAUGCCUUGGCGGCUGCUAUCUGUUAUGCUUGCAAGUAUGUGAAAAACUUUGACUAA